UGGACGGCUGAUAAUGGUGCUUGAUUGCCGCCGUUUGUCGUUGUCCCAAGUGGCAGAUACAAUCAGGUGUGGCUACCGUACAAAAUGGCGCCGCCGCCUCAGUCCUCACCGUGCAAAGCACCUCCGCAGCCUUGCCCCAAUCAGCCGUGCUCCCCUCGUCUGCUCCGUCCGCCGCCGCACGCGGCCCCAUGUAUACCCUUCACCUACAGCAACCUGCGGUCACUCUCCACCCGAGUGGCCCGCACGGCCUCAUCAUCACACCACCCAUUCCCAGCUCUUCAAGGCCGCCCCGCCGCCGCCACUCACCACCAUCCCCACUCCCGGCGCCCGCGCCCGCCUCGGGGACCAGGAUGAGCCGCGGCCGAAGGUUGGGUUCUGGACCAAAUGGAAGGUGGAUGGCUCGGAGGCGAGGGCCAGGGCGGCCAAGCUCGGCCUGGCCGCCGUGCUGGCCUACGGGUUGUUCGACGCCGUCACCUACACGACCUUCUUCGUGCUCGCCUUCCUCGGUUACGAGAAGAGCACCGGCAAGAACCCUGCGGCCAAUCUCAAGGCCUUGCUCGGGAUUGUUAUCCUAAUGUGGACCGGUAACAAUGUUACAAGGCCAUUCCGAGUCUAUGGUGCAGCUGCUUUGGCCCCGGUGAUGGACAGGGGGUUGAAGGGUAUCCAGGAGAAACUUAACCUUCGAAGCCAGAUGUAUGCCUUUGCACUUGUGGUUGGCUCUGUGGCUGCGGUAUGCUUCACAGUCGUUGGUAUUUUGAUCCUCUCAAAGUGGGGAAAGUAAAGUGUUGAUUCUCCUACAUAUCCACAGUUGGCAUCUGGCCCUCAACAAUCAAAGAAAGUGAAUAAUGCACCCUUUUGCAUAUUUGCUUUGAGUUAAGCACUAUGUGUCUUGACUGUUGGAUCCGGCUAGGUCUGUUUUGUUUUGUUGCAACCUUCUGUUUCCAUGCUGUUUCCCAUGGAUGUGCGUUUUCUACACCUUAAACUAAUUGACAAGUACAAAUUCAGUUGUUCCAUGGAAAAUUUCCCUCUCUUGUGGGUAAUAAUAAUUUGUUUUGGUCU